UUAAAGAGCCUCAAAACGUUUUUUAUUGUUUGAAUUUCUUAAAAAACUACAGUUUGAAAUCUGGGAAUAUCAUAAGUUGUCUUGUCCGUCGACGUUUUGUCCGUAUCCUCUUUGCUCCGCAAUGUAUUUUUCACUGCGUGUGGCGUGACAGUGCCACGGCUUGUCGGACAAAGCAACAGUAACUAAGGGGGGAGGGUCUUUGCGAAGGGUCAAUUUGUCAAACAAACUAUAUUCUCACAUUGCCAGAUCUGUAUAGUCCAUAAUCUCAAAUAUACUUUAUAAUCAAAUUAUCAUAACAGUGUAAAAAAAUAUCCACAUCGCUAUGAUCAGAUGCUUUCUUAACUGCUGCUUUCUCACCGCUGUCAUUUUUGUUGUGUUUAUUUUGUUGUUGAGAGUAAAGCACGCAGCACAUACUUACAUAUUCAUCUAAACAUCGCUAUCAGCAGGGUUGAUGGCGUCUAGAUGUUCAUUAACAGUAUAUCGCUGCAAAGGUAUUUCCAACUUCUUUUUACUUCUAAGUGAAGAUGAAUGAAAAAGAAUUUCGCUGUGAAUAUAUGGGAUCUUGAAUCACGUUCAGUCUCUUGUACGCUAUGUGUGCAGGAGUGUGAGCACGAGCAGUAAGUUGCUGGCUGCAGUUCGCUUAACGGCCACCGGUGUCGCUAAUAACAAGGGUUUCUAAAUUCUACAUACAGUAUAGCCGCUUUAAUAGUAAUACAGUAAUAUGUUGUUCUGCUUAUUAACAUGGGAUAGGAGAAAGAAUUGUAGCAUCAAACUGGACACUGAUCACCUUCUAAUAAAGCAAAAUAUUGCUGUGAGGGUUAGGUUUAUGGAUAGAAGUUAUUGGACUAGCAUGUGUGUUCAUGCUCCUGAAUGUAUGUGCAUAAUGCUGCUUUUGAUCACCCUUUGCUUCUUGAUCCGUACUCUUUAUGCAGGAACAAGGUAAUUUGGUACCCUGCCAAAGGCACCCGGUUCGACCGAUUUCUAACACACAAACAGCAAUUUCAAUCACAAUUUAAUUUCUUAUGUCUUAUGCCCAAGACGCCUAUAGAAGUAAAACUAAAGUGUGCUUUUUGGCUUUUUUUCAGAUGGUUUUGUCAGAUUUAGAUAUGCAGAUUUCUCUGAGCUGAUUGCGUUAUCUCACAGAGGAGCGUGGCGUGUGUAAGCUCCUAUCAGCUGGCAGCAGAGACUCUCAGUGCAUUAUUCAUACCCUGAACUUUAUGUUCUGUCUCCACCCACUCAACGCACCUCUACAUAUGAAGCGCGCUCUCUCGCUCGCUCUCUCUCUCUCUCUUUCUUUCUGCCAGGUGCUGAAUAUUCAUUUGGGAUCUCUGAUUGAUCUUUGAGGGUGUGAGUGAGUGAGAGAGCGAGAGAGAGAGAGAGAAUACUGUAUGUGUCCACCAAACUACGGGCUGGAGACUGAAAACCUGAAAACUCUUUCUCACAAGCUCAAUGCCUCCGCCAAAAACCUGCAGAACUUCAUCACGGGGCGCAGACGCAGCGGCCAUUAUGAUGGCCGGACCACCCGCAAGCUGCCGAACGAUUUCCUCACCUCUGUGGUGGACCUCAUCGCUGCUGCUAAGAGCCUUCUAGCCUGGCUGGAUAGGUGUUACUUCUUUUGCAGGUCACCGUUCGCUGCCGUAACAGAUUAUUCCGUGACCCGGAACAACGUGAUCCAGCUGUGCCUGGAACUCACUACAAUAGUACAGCAGGACUGCACCGUCUAUGAAACUGAAAAUAAGAUCCUCCAUGUGUGUAAGACAUUAUCUGGAGUAUGUGACCACAUCAUCUCACUGUCGUCAGACCCCCUGGUCUCCCAGUCGGCACAUCUGGAGGUGGUUCAGCUGGCUAAUAUUAAACCUACAGAGGGUCUGGGAAUGUACAUCAAAUCCACAUAUGAUGGACUUCAUGUUAUCACAGGAACCACAGAGGGGUCUCCAGCAGAUCGCUGUAAAAAGAUUCACGCAGGUGAUGAGGUCAUCCAGGUGAACCAUCAGACAGUGGUGGGCUGGCAGUUGAAAAACUUGGUAAGCUCUCUGCGUGGGGACCCUGCCGGUGUGACAUUGACCCUGAAAAAGCGUCCCCAGAGCACGCUCACCUCCGCCCCAGCCCUACUAAAGAACAUGAGAUGGAAGCCCCUGGCCCUGCAGCAGCCAGUUGUUCCCAGGAGUCCAACCAGCAGCUCAGCCACGCCUACAAGCACAAUCAGCACACCCUCGAAGCGUGAUAGCUCCGCCCUCCAAGACCUGUAUAUCCCGCCCCCUCCAUCUGAGCCGUACACACCCAGAGAUGAAAAAGGUAGUCUCACAGGUGAUGGGGUACCUGUCGCAAAAGGGUCAGAAUCACCAAACUCAUUCCUAGAUCAAGAGUACAGACGGCGAUUUCCUCUCAUGGAAGAGGAGGCCGUCCUGUAUUGCUACGAGUACGACCCCAGCCACGGACCCACAACGUCCCGCCGAGACAGCACACCCACUUACGGUCGUAUGAGGCCCAUCUCUAUGCCUGUGGAGUAUAACUGGGUCCCUGACUACGAGGACCCAGCUAGAAUGAAGAGAGAAGGUCGGAGAGAAAACUCUCUGUUGCGGUAUAUAAGUGAUGAGAAGGCUGCUGAUCUGGCAGGGCGGAGCAUGAAGAGGGACACGGGAAAACGCGGCAAGAAGAAGAGCGAGAAGAGCGGGAGCCCCACCCACUACGCCCUCCUCCCCACCCUCCAAAUGGAGGUGCUCCGGCAGGAAUCCAUGAACACACCCAACCCAGACUCCACCUCUCUUUACCAUACAUUCCAGGGAUCCUCUCUGCUAUCCAAGACCAAGAAAAAGAGUAAAGCAGCUCCGCUGUCCUCCAUCAGUAAGAGACGAAUCUCCUGUAAGGACCUGGGCCGUGGAGAUUGUGAGGGCUGGCUGUGGAAGAAGAAGGAUGCUAAGAGCUAUUUCUCACAGAAAUGGAAGAAGUACUGGUUUGUUUUGAAGGACGCCUGCUUAUACUGGUACAUGAACGAGGAGGACGAGAAGGCCGAAGGGUUUGUUAGUCUCCCCGAGUUCAAGAUUGAUAGAGCCAGUGAAUGUCGCAAAAAAUAUGCGUUUAAAGCGUGCCAUCCCAAAAUCAAGAGCUUCUACUUCGCAGCGGACGGCGUGGAUGAUAUGAACAGAUGGUUGAGUCGUCUCAACAUGGCGGCUGCCGGCUAUGCAGAAAGAGAGCGUAUCCGUCAGGAACAGGCAGACUACUGGAGUGAAAGUGAUCACGAAGACAAUGAGACGCCCUCGACGCCCAAGCAAGACAGCCCACCACCUCCUUAUGACACGUACCCACGGCCACCCUCAAACCAGGUGAGUUGUGCCAGUCCUUACCUAGAACCAAAGCACGGCCGCCUCUCAUCUACAGAAACUUCACAGUCUCGCUCCUCUCAUGAGGAGUACCGCUCCGAACCUCAAGGGGGCAGCAGCAGCGGAGGAGGUUCCCCUGCAAGGAAGUCCGCCAGCCAGCGCCGUUCAUGGCAGGACCUGAUUGAAACCCCUCUGACCAGCUCGGGCCUCCACUACCUACAGACCCUGCCCCUAGAAGAUGCUGUGUUCUGUGAGCCGGGGGCAGGUCUGUCUCCAGAAUAUCGCCGCCAAUCGACUCUGCCUGCCCAACGCACACUGAUGCAGGAACAUUACGGUCCCUUCCCCAUGCUUGAAGGGGAGAGGCUCAGAGACCCUGCUAACACAGCCGGGAAGCCACGCAGCUUCACCUUGCCUCGGGAUAGCGGCCUGCAUGCCCUCCUCACACCCUCCUCCAGCAUGGCAGAACAGCAGCGGGACCCCAGCCGCAGGGAACUCAGCCGAUCUCACUGCAUCAAUAAUGGCGGGGAGCCGGAGUGCCAUCGGCAGGCGGAUUCGCUUGGUGAUUUGUACCGGGCUCUGGAGCGUGCCAGUCUGUCGCCCAUUGGUGAGCACCGCCUUUCCACCCGUCUGGAGUACAAACACCUUUUCAUUCGGCGUUGCAACGAUCCACAGCUAAAUGACAAACUGCAUCAUCUCCGCAUCCUGCAGAGCACGCUAAAGGACAGGGAGGGCGAGGUAGCACUGAUUGACAAGCUGCUGGCAAAUCCUAAGCUCACGUCCUCAGAGUUCCAGGAAUGGAAGAAAGUUUACAUGGAGCUGUUUUCAGGAGAGCCCCAGCGGGACCGUCAGCCCAGCCCCGCCUCCGAGCCCAGCCCUGCCACCACGCCUGAACCCGCCCCCCGCACGCCCUCCCUCUCGCACACGCACUCCUACAUCGAGACUCACGUCUGAUGCACACUUCAGACACAAAAAUACCGGCACAUUAUUUGAAGUAGUCGUCGCUCACUUCCACGGACCUUAGAGUGGACGUUCAAGGUGAAGUAUGGGGUGAAUUGGUGUUUAUGGACUAAUAAUCUGACAUUUUAAUUAUGUGGCUGUGAGGAAUAUAUGUACAGAAUUAACAUUUAGGGAUAAAAUGAUGCAUUGAUGCAUGAUUUUGGAAUUGAAAAUGAAGUUACAUUAUUUAGUAAUUAAUAUAAAAUUACCCAGAGGCUGUCUCAGAUUAUAUGCAAAUUAAAACAGUUGCAUGCUGUCAAGUUUGACUUUCGUUUGUAUCCAUUUAAGUAAUUAUUCAAGUAUUCAAGUCUUUUUUUUUUUUUUUUUUUUUUUUGCUCUGUUAUGAAAUAUAGUGGUUAUGUUCUAGAAUAUCUAAUGAAUAUAUUAGGAAUCACAAUAAGCAUCUUCCAGUAAUAGUUAAUGCUUUAUAUAAUAUAUAUAAUUUAUUUUUUUAUUUUAGUACCAAGUUUGUUUGUUUUUAUAAGAUUUUUACUUUCAGUUUUAAUGUUUAACUCCAUAUUGGAUCAGCCAUCAUCUAACACUCACUUAAAGUUUAAAAACACUAAUAAUUUAAUAACACUGUUAAAUGUAUUCUCGAAAUGAAUAUCCAUUUUUCAUAUUGUACAUUUUGUGAUGCCUAAAUUCACAUGAAAAGUGUAUUUUAUACUGUUGAUUUUAGUUUUUAGUGUUUUUUUUUUUAUUAUUUAUUCAGAAAAAGUGCAUAGAGUUUUAAUUUUGGGCAUGAAAAUAUUGUAUCAGCCAUUUUACUAUCUAUAUAUUCCUAGUAUACAUUUUACACCAAGGUCCCCAACCUAUUAAUUAUACUGUACUUUUAUCCCUCACAGUCUCGUUUUCAUUCACAUCAAAUUUGAUACAGCAUCUACCUUGAUUAAGGUCCUUAAACACAAAUUCUUCUCACUUUUCCUUGUACUUCACAUCCCGACAGCAAUCGCAGACUCAAUCUACUUGUGCUUUUUAAAUACUUGAAAAACAUUGUUUACGCAGGCACAGAUAUCUGUACAAAGCACUCUUAAUGGCUCGACUCACAACCCACAGGCUUCAGAAUAUGCCACUUCUGCACACGGGGUUGCCAUGGUUACAGGUCCUCCAAGCGGCUCAGACAAGGAGAGACAAUGCCGUCGCACCGAGAACAAACCUGGCACACCUCUAGACAGGAAGCAGAGGUAGAACCAGAGCACUUGAACUUGGAAAUGGAAGCUUCGGACUGAACUCUGAGAGGAAAUGCAUGUCUGAGGUGGCCUUCGAACACUAAACACACUGACUGUCACUCUGUUGUGCUGCUGUACCUUUGUUUGGCUGUCUUUUGGAAGCAAAUCUCUCGGUGGACUCGCAGACGGUCAUCACACAAGUUAUCUACCAUGUUUAUAUGCCACUUUAGCAAACCAUAUACUCUACUGUAUCAUACUAUAUAUUUAUGAUCUGCUGUUAUAUAUCGGCUGGCCCCGACUUAUAGCAUUUGUACAUUUGUGUUGGAAGGUGUGUGGGUGUGCAUGGAAAACUAAUGUGGUUGCCUCAUCUCAACACAAUCUCUGCAGGGUGUUUGAAUAUACCAAGAAAAGGCAUCUAAAGGAAUAUUCCUGGUUCAAAAUCAGUUCAUUUCUAUUCACAGCUUCUGUGGCUUGGUGUUAGUUACCACAGUCAGUAAUUUUCACUCUUGAUGGAAGUCUGUGGGACAAGGCAAUGGAGUGUUUUCAGGCAGAAAUGUGCAACUUGGAUUCUUGUUAAGGUGCUUAUAUUAUUUCUUCCAUACAAGAAAUGUGUCUAUAAAGUUAAGUAAAAAAAAGUUAAGUGUGAGACUUUUCUAGGAGCACAUCUUCUGGUAAUUCCUGAGGGUGGAUUUGGCUCUGUGUAAACAAACCCUUUUUUGCUGUACUUAAACUUAUCUUACAAAAGUUACAAGGUUUAUGGACUUCACACGGUCAAGAGUUAAAGGAUUAGUCCACUUUCAAAUAAAAUUUUCCUGAUUAUAUACUCACCCCCAUGUCAAAGAUGUUCAUGUCUUUCUUUCUUCAGUCGAAAAGAAAUUAAGGUUUUUGAUGAAAACAUUC